AUGGCACGAAGAGCAAACGCACGACGUGUGGACCGACGAAGGUUGCAACUCAUGGAAGAACAUCUAAGAGACCGUGUGACAGAAUUUCUUGAGCAGGAGGCAUUAGCGGUCUUUGAUGGACACAUCGACAUGGAAUUCCAUCUGAACGAGGAAAACAUUGGUCAAGUGCCUUACCGGCACGAUACCGCUGCUCAGCAUGUCACGGACUCUGACCCAGUAAGCCCGAUCAGCCAUUCUUCCGACACUUUGAGCCGGUGCGGCCAACGCGAUCGAGAGGGCAAGCCGCUCAAUGAAUGGUACACAAAUUCAUUCACGUUAGGACAGGUCACUUCCUUGCUUCCUAGGGCGGAGCCUACCCCAGCUGACGUGAACGCUGAAGCGAUACGCACUGCGACCACAACUCUAGCGGAGCAGCGACAAGGGCUGGCAGCAUUCCACUCAACGUAUUUCUCUGAGCUGAAUGAGUAG